AUGUUUAAAUUCAAGAACAAAUUGAAGUUUGGCUCUUCAUCGGAAAAACACCAUAAUGGCCGUGAAUCAAGUGAAUCGCCAUCCGGUGGCACUGCUGCUGACAAUUCUGCCGCUUCCCCAGGUCAAUCGUCUGCUUCUGUUCCUGCACCUCCGCCCAUUAGAAACACGUCUGAAAAUAACGCAAUUGAAGAUGCGAGAAAAACGAUAUCGGUGAAUAAACUAGCUGACAACGUGUCCAACUUGUCGGUCACUGAUGGCAAGAAUACCUACGAAUCUCCUCAAACUAACGGUUCCGACCAUGUCGCCAACAAAUCCGGCCACUUGUCAGAAAAGAGUAAAGACUCAAAUACAAAUGGCUUGCUACAACCACCUUCAACAGAAUCAAAUGUAACUUCAAAUUCUUCUCAAUACAAUGGUUCUCCCUCAUCGUCGCAAGCUACGUCCUUAGGUCAUGCUUCGUCUAGCUCCAAUUUGGAUCAGCAGUUUCAACAAGCAAACAAUCAACCGGGUGCAGCUUCGUCUCCUGGCUUGCUAACUGUCAAAAUCUACGGCUCACAAAAUAUACAACUUCCUAUAAAGAUAAACAACAACAAACAAAUUUUGCAUGCCUUGGCCAUCAACUCAAACAAUGUGGCCCUAGGCCAGCAGUUGUUGAAGAAUAUGGGAUUAUUGGAAGAAGAGAAUGACUUUGGAGGAUAUUUACCGGGCUCUAUUGCAACAAAUUUUUUACCCUCAAUCAUUUCGAUACCAAAUGCUGACAAUUUGGUUAAAUCUUUACUUUAUUUAACUAUUGAGUUUGACAACAAUGUCCUUGUGAUUGAACCACAGAAGGGAACUGUUAGCCAAUCUACAUGGAAUCAAGUGGUCUCGUUUGAUGUUACAAACAAGUCCUCCCCUAGCAAUUCCCAGUUUCUCAAUUUAAAUUUAUUUAUUAGACUUCCAAAUAUGUUGAUACCGGAAAGUGAAAAGGUGAAAAACAAACAUUUAUUCACCAAUUUCCAAGCUGAUAAUCUGCAGCAACUGCAACAACAACAACAACAACAACAACAACUGCAACAACAACAACAACAACAACAACAACAACAACUGCAACAGCUGCAACAGCUGCAACAACAACAACUGCAACAGCUGCUGCAGCAACAACAACAACAACAACAACAACAACGACAACAACAACGACAAAAACUGCCUUUACGCGGAUCUGUGACAUCUAAUUCGUCGUCUUCAUCUUCAUCCCCUGCUGCUAAUAUUGGAGAUUUAUUAAUUGGUUCUAUUAAGUUACCGUUGAAUCUCAAAUCGCAUACGCAACAAAUUAGACUUAUGCAUCAUGAAUAUUUGAAGUUUUCAAAUUAUAAUGCCAAUUUACAAGACCUGGCUUCAACAAAAGACAUGGGAGAAAUUAUGCUUACUAUUGAGUUUAAACCAUUGACCAAGAAGCAUCUUACAAUUGACGAUUUUGAUUUAUUGAAAGUAAUUGGAAAGGGGUCGUUUGGUAAGGUUAUGCAAGUUGUCAAGAAAGACACUAAGCAAAUCUAUGCUUUGAAAACCUUACGUAAACAGCAUAUUGUUUCCAGAAUGGAAGUGACGCAUACUUUAGCUGAGAGGACUGUUUUGGCUAGAAUCAAUAAUCCAUUUAUUGUACCAUUAAAAUUCUCGUUUCAAUCUCCAGAAAAACUAUACCUUGUCCUUUCAUUUAUAAAUGGUGGAGAAUUGUUUUGGCAUUUGCAAAGGGAAGGGAAAUUCACUAUGGACCGGUCAAGAUUCUACAUUGCCGAAUUGUUGGCGGCAUUGGAAAGUCUUCAUGAAUUAAAUGUCAUUUAUCGAGAUUUGAAACCAGAAAACAUCUUGUUGGAUUAUCAAGGUCACAUUGCUCUUUGUGAUUUCGGGUUAUGUAAAUUGAACAUGAGCAACGAUGACAAAACCAAUACAUUUUGUGGUACUCCCGAGUACCUUGCGCCAGAAUUACUUUUAAAUCAAGGCUAUACCAGAAGUGUGGAUUGGUGGACUUUGGGUACUUUGCUAUAUGAGAUGUUAACUGGAUUACCUCCGUUCUAUGAUUCUGACUCGGCAACAAUGUAUAAGAAAAUUUUACAAAAUCCAUUACGUUUCCCCCCGUUUUUAGAAAAUACAGAUGCUCAAGAUUUGCUUAUAAAACUACUACAAAAGGAUCCACUGCAAAGGCUAAGUGAUGCACAAGAAAUUAAAAACCAUCCAUUUUUCAAAGAUAUUGAUUGGAAUAAACUAUUAAAUAAAAGUUAUUUACCUCCAUUCAAGCCAAAUGUUGAAAAUCUUUUGGACACUUCAAACUUUGAUCAAGAUUUUACUAAUGAAAAACCUCAGGAUUCCGUCGUUGACGAUUUCUUAACUGAAAGUGUACAGAAACAAUUUGGUGGAUGGACUUAUAAUGGAGAUAACGUUUUGUAA